AUGUUUCAACACCACUUGAAACUCUUAAGAAAUGAAAUGAAAAAACGUAAAAUUACUCAUUACUAUCAUGAAAUAUCUGACCCUCAUAUGACAGAAUUUACACACUCAUUUUAUCAUCGAUUAGAGUGGUUGUGUGGAUUUAGUGGAUUUACAGGUGAAAUUGUUAUAACUCAAAAACGAGCAUGUUUAUGGACUGAUAGCAUUUACUUUUUACAGGCACAAAAAGAAAUUGCACAGGGAUGGGAAGUAUAUGACAUUGAUAAUAUAGAAACUAUUUCUCCAUGUUUAAUGAUUAAACAAAAUAAAAAGAUUUCUUUAGGACUCAACCCUGAAAUUACAAAUUAUAUUUCACUAGAAGAACUGUUUGAUGUUGAACUGAAUAUCAUUCCAAUUGAUAUUUUUAAUAUUAUUAAUCCUUUACCUUUUGUUUUAUCUUCAAUCCAUCUUUUUAAUGAAAGUUCAACAUCUGUACUUCAAAAAAUAGAAAGUAUUAGAAAGAAAUAUCAUAACAGUACUAUUAUCUUAACUAACCUUGCUGAUGUUAAUUGGACUUUCAAUAUUAGAGCACAUGAUAUUCCUUAUUCACCAAUAGCAUAUGGGUAUGGUGUUAUUACCCCAACUCAAGUUCAUCUUUUUGUAGGAAAUAAAAAACAAUCACAAGAAUUAGAAGUACAAUACCCAUUUAAUGAAUUAAAGAUUAAAGUUCAUUCUUAUCACUCAUUUUUUGGAUCUAUUAAAAAUUUAAUAAAGACUCCUAUCGUUGUUUAUAAUAAAGAGAAUGUUAAUAUGAAACUACAAGAUAUCAUUGAUUCGAUUCCAAAUUUGAAAAGAAAAGAAUCACUAAGAUUUAUUCAAGAAUUAAGAUCAAUUAGAAGUUCAAAAGAAAUUGAGAUGAUAAAACAAAUUCAUAUCAAUGAUAGUAUUAUUCUUUGUUAUUUCUUUAGUAAAUUAAAUCAAUUAAAAGGGACUGAUAUCACAGAAUGGGAUGCAAGUAUAUUAUUAGAAAAAUUAAGAAAAGAACUUGAAGAAAAAUAUGAUGAACCAAGUUUCCUUUCUAUUAUUGCUACUGGAAAGAAUGGAGCAAUGAUGCAUUAUGAACCAACAGAACAAAAAAAUGAGUUAAUUAAUUGGGAUAAAACACUGUUAUGUGAUGUUGGAGCACAAUAUAAAAGUGGAUGCACAACUGAUGUUACAAGAACUCUUCAUUUUGGAACACCAACACAAAAAGAAAGACUAUGCUAUACUAGAGUACUUCAAGGACAUAUAGAUGCACAGAUGACAAAAAUUCUUCAAGAUGAAAGUAUUGAUAAAAUUGAUAAAGUAGCAAGAAAACCUAUUAUAAAUGAAAAUGAAGAAUGGGACUUUAAACAUGACAUUGGUCAUGGAGUUGGUCAUUAUUCUUUUGUUCAUGAAUAUCCACCAAUGUAUGGAGUUGGUUUAAAAAUAAAAGAAGGAAUGACAACAAGUAUUGAACCAGGUAUUUAUCUUGAGAAAGAAUUUGGAAUUAGAAUAGAAAACGUUAUUGUUUUUGAAAAUACCCAUAAUUCAUCAUUUAAGUUAACACCAUUAACAUUAGUCCCAUAUUGUUCUUGUUUAAUUGAUUAUACUCUACUAACAAGUGAAGAGAAAAAUUGGUUGAAAGAGUAUUACCAAAAUAUUAGAGAUAUUAUUGUUCCGCUUAUAAAAGAUACUUCUGUAAUUCACUGGGUUGAAUCUAAUUUAGUAGUUGAAUAG